GCCAAAAGAAAAGCAUAUUGAUAUCAAGCUCACCAUCUUGGGUGAUUCUACUACAUCACGAUAUACUCCAGGAGCAAUUGAUGCCUACAGGGUAAUAGACUAGAAAAGAAGCCCUCCAGAAUGUUAGGAUAUGAUAUUUUGGAAACUGUACGAGCGAGCUUCGAAAAUCGAUCUGGACUUCUGCAGUUUUGUAUACUGGCCUCAGUUUGGCUGUCAUGGAGAAUCUUGAAAUUUACCAUAAUUCCGAGAUUCUAUCCACAGGAUCCAAAGGAGGUCCCGUACUGGAUACCAUAUUUCGGCCAUGCCUAUGGUUUCCUGUCUCACCCACAUCGGCUCCUGACUUAUGGGAGACAAUAUAUAGCGGGCCCAAACCGAGAACCAUUUGUGAUAACAACAUUGGGCGUCAAGUCGUAUAUAUUGACAAAUCCCAAGGACGUCGGCGAAGCCUAUCGGAACACUGAAUCCCUCUCGUUCGAUAUAUAUCUUCAAGCGACAAUGAGGACAUUGGGCUCAACAGAAAGCGUGGUAAAACGUAUGUACACGCCACUAUCCGACACCAAGUCUGGAUUCCCAAACCCCCAGAACAAAUGUCUCGCAUUAUUAUCUCGCGACAUCCACAUACAUCAGCUGUUCCCAGGGGAAAAUCUGAAAAUUCUUGGCACCAAGCUCUCUGGCUGGUUUGACAAGCACCUUGUGGCCGACGUUAUAGCUGAAGAGCGAUCGUAUACGGCACUUCGUGGGAACGACGUUGUUAUACCGCUCAUGAAGUUUUGCUCUGAUAUGACAACGUCUGCUGGCCAAGAAGCCUUUUUUGGAAAGAAACUUGGACAGAGGGAACCAAAUCUCGUACGGGACUUUUUGGAAUUCGAUGAUAUAUCGUGGCAGUUACUCUUGCAGUAUCCGCCUAUGUUCUGCAGGGAUAUGCUAGCAGCCAAGGAUAAAAUAUGCCACGCUCUCCAGAGACAUUUUGAUGUCCCUAUGGAAGAAAGGGCUAGUGAGGAUACAUUCUUCGUCAGGACCAUGGAAACUGAGAUGAGACAACUAGGUCUCAACUCAGAAGACAUCAGCAUACUCAUGAUGACCGUAUACUGGGGUCUCAACACAAAUAUCCGAAGGACCGUUUUCUGGGUGCUUGCACAUGUCAUUUAUACCCCUGGACUCGCAGAGAAACUCCGUGAGGAAACAAAGCAAGCAUUUUCAAACGAUGGCACACUUGAUUUUGCCUAUCUCAGCAAUAACUGUGAGCUGAUGGAUUCCAUCUGGCACGAAACGCUCCGUACUGCAGCAUCUGCUGCAUCCAUCCGCUUCCUUACACGAGAUACGGACCUCAAUGGGAAGCUACUCCGCAAGGGCAAUCGAGUUAUGAUACCCUUCCGCCAGUUGCAUUAUGACAAGGGAGCGUUUGGUGACGACGCCCACGAAUUCAAAGCCGACCGGUUCCUCAAGAAUCCCUCUCUUAACCGGAGUCCAAGCUUGCGAUAUUUUGGAGGAGGUUCUACCAUGUGUCCAGGACGCCAUAUGGCUAAGCAAUUUAUCACAAUAUUUGUGUCCGUGGCUCUUCAUCGUUUUGAUCUGGAGUUGGAGGGACCGCAACCCUUUCCGCUCGCGCAAGAGGAGAGUCCAUCAUUGGGUGUCAUGGCAAGUAUGGGCCCGGAUCUUAUGGUGAGACUCAAGCCUAGAAAGCUAGAUAUUUGAGCUAGGUAUAUCCGAUAGGAUAGAAAGCUAAAGUGGCUG